AACCUAUGGAGCUUACUUGAAAAUAAAAACGCUUAAGUGGAAUGAUAUGACUACGCCUGAUAUAUCUCACAUUACCGGAGAUGAUUAUGCCUUCAUAUACGAACCAGCGGAAGAUAGUUUCCUCUUACUCGAUGCCAUAGAAUCUGAAUUGAAGUUUCUUCACGAAUUGAGGCCAAGUGUCACGCUUGAAGUGGGAUCAGGCUCGGGGAUCUGUUCUGCAUUUUUAGCCAAGGAAUUGAAAUUCCCAGUGCUGUCUUUGUGUACUGAUAUCAACCCGCGGGCAUCCCUGGUUACUAAGGCAACUGGUGACAAGAAUGGUGUUAACCUGCAGCCUGUUACAACUGAUCUGGUUUCAGGUCUCCUACCCAGAUUGAAUGGACAGGUGGAUGUUCUGGUGUUCAAUCCACCCUAUGUGGUUACACCAAGUGAUGAGGUCAGCAAUGGGGGGAUAGAGGCCUCAUGGGCAGGAGGGACAAAUGGAAGGGAGGUAAUAGACAGACUACUUCCCUUUGUUCCCCAACUCCUGUCUGAUAGUGGAGUGUUUUAUAUGGUGGUUAUCAAGGAAAACAAGCCGAAAGACAUUCAGGACAUUCUGUCUAAAAGUGGCUUUCAUAUGACAGUGGUAAUCAACAGACGUAGUGGACCAGAGUUUUUAUCUGUGUUGAAAUUUAGCAGAACUUGAUUAUUCAUCUUCAUUUUGAUGUCAUACACAAAGCAGUCAAAAAUAUUCCCACAAAUUAAAGUAAUGUUGUAUACCUGACGUCAGUGGGGCCAUGAAGAAACAUCACAGUGAGCAUAAUGUUGUAUAAGUGACAUCAGUGGGGACAUAAAGAAACAUCACAGUGAGCAUAAUGUUGUAUAAAGGACAUCAGUGGGGACAUGAAGAAACAUCACAGUGAGCAUAAUGUUGUAUAAGUGACAUCAGUGGGGACAUGAAGAAACAUCACAGUGAGCAUAAUGUUGUAUAAGUGACAUCAGUGGGGACAUGAAAAAACAUUACAAUUAGCUUGAUGUUGUAUAAGUGACAUCAGUGGGGACAUGAAGAAACACCAUUGUGAGUGCAAUAUUUUGCAGAACUGUGGAUAUACAUUUUUUGUAAGACCAACAUAAACGCAGAUAAACAGAAAACUAUCCAUAAACUGUUAAAUUGUCAAACAAAAUGGACUUUUAAAGCAUGUAUAAAUACCCGUAUUGUGUAAUUGUUUUUGUGGAUUGGCUAAAGUAUACAUGUAUACAAUACACUUGCAGAGGAACUGUUUCAAACAUUUUUAAAUAUGAGUUAAAUCAUCAUUAAUGUGCAAAAGUGUUAUGAGAAUUAUUUUUAUUAUUUUGUGUAUACACUUAUUGAAAUAUUUGUAAACACUAUCAAAAGAGUUAAUUAAUUGGUUUAAUCUUACUUGUGUCAUAAUUAAUACAAUCAUGCUAGGAAGUACAGAUUUAUUAAAAUUAUACAUAAACUCUACAUGUUUGAGAAUUAGAGGAAAUCGAUCUUUUCUAAAGUAGACUGAUGUACAAUGUAACUAUCCAGUUAAACUUGUGCUUUUAUUGGCAUAGCAUUUAAUUUAUUGUUAUUUGGAUUAUUGACUAAUUAUGCCCCCCUUCGAAGAAGAGGGGGUAUAUUGUUUUGCACACUCGGCCGGUCUGUCGGUCCGUCCACCAGAUGGUUUCCGGAUGAUAACUCAAGAACGCUUAGGCCUAGGAUCAUGAAACUUCAUAGGUACAUUGAUCAUGACUGGCAGAUGACCCAUAUUGAUUUUCAUGUCAAGGUCACAGUGACUCGAAAUAGUAAAAUGGUUUCGGGAUAAUAACUCAAGAAUGCUUAGGCCUAAGAUCAUGAAACUUUGUAGGUACAUUAAUCAUGACUGGCAGAUGACCCAUAUUAAUUUCCAGGUCAAAGGUCAAGGUCACAGUGACUCGAAACAGUAAAAUGGUUUCCAGAUGAUAUCUUAAGAUUGCUUAUACCUAGGAUCAUGACACUGAAUAGGAACAUUGAUCAUGACUGGCAGAUGACCCCUAUUGAUUUUCAGGUCAAUAGGUCAAAGGUCAAGGUCACAGUGACUCCAAAUAGUAAAAUAGUUUCCGGAUGAUAACUCAAGAAUGCUUACGGCUAGGAUCAUGAAACUUCUUAGGUACAUUGAUCAUGACUGGCAGAUUACCCCUAUUAAUUUUCAGGUCACUAGGUAAAAGGUCAAGGUCACAGUGACUCGAAACAGUAAAAUGGUUUCCUGAUGAUAACUCAAGAAUAAUUAGGCCUAGGAUCAUGAAACUUCAUAGGUACAUUAAUCAUGACUGGCAGAUGACCCCUAUUGAUUUUCAGGUCACUAGGUCAAAGAUCAAGGUCACAGUGACAAAAAAUGUAUUCACACAAUGGCUGCCACUACAACUGACAGCCCUAAUGGGGGGCAUGCAUGUUUUACAAACAGCCCUUGUUAAUUGUUUGGAUUAUUGAACGUUUAUUCUCAGUAGUAUCCAUUUAUUAAAACGUCCAGUUGCUA